AUGGCUUGUAUGUGGUCAGUGAAUCUGACUAUUUUAGUCAGUGCGUCAGUUUGCUGUGUAGGGGUGCAAACGCUGUACCCGAAUCAACUCUCUUUGAAUGAUGUUACCGAAAGAAAAAGUGGCACUAUCUACAAACGUACAGCGGUACCAACAGACUUGUCUACUGAAAAGUAUCUUAGUAAUUCAAAAAGACACCAGAGUAAAGAAACCAGUAACGUCUACAUUUCGACACACCAAAAGAAAGACGAUAACUUCAAUGUACGAAGUUUGAGCGGUAUAUCCAAGCGAUCAAAAUAUAUAGAUUCUCCAGAACUGGAAGAAAUUAUCCUAGGUAAACGGCAAAACUGCGCCAUUCCUGCAAAUAAGAGACAAGAUUUGAUGGUUUUGUAUCGGAUGCUGAACGACUCAUACUUCUUCGGCGCUAAUCAAGAGCCUCAGACGGAGUACAGACGGCCUGCCGACCAACUGAUCCACUGCGUAGAACUAGUGGAGCUACGAGCCUCGCAAGAGCUCAAUUCUAGAACUAUCUGUCCAUGGCUGUUAGCAGAGAUUGACAUCGGUCCUGGGAACUAUCCUCGGUACUUCGAGGAAGCGACCUGUCUCUGCAGAAAGUGCAUUUCAAGUAGUUGGUCAUUCUGCAAAUACGUUUUUCGAACAGUCAGUUAUUUCAAAUUCGAAGGCUGCGAGAGUGGAUUUGCUCUUAUGAAGAUGAAACACUUGCAGAUCCGCACACACUGUUACUGCGAUAAGCCUGAACCAGGUCGUGAUACGCCAGUACCAAAUUAUAAUACUGAAUAA